GCUUCAGUUACAUUUGAUUGCACCAGUAGUCAGUCGUCAUUACCAUCCGAACGAACGAACACCAUCAUCCAGAAAGAUGAAGCUCAUAGUGACCUGCCUGUUGGUGUGUGCCAUGGCGGCAGCACUGGUUCACGCUAGUCCAAUUCCCGAAGCAACCGACGACGUUAAGGUAGAAUCGGAAGUGUCCCAUGCGGAAGCCGUGGCCGACAGUUCCGAUGCGGUACGUGACAAACGGGGCGUCGGUGUGGCCGUUGGGAGUCCAACGAUUUUAGCUGGCGUUCAACAAACGCCAUUGGCACCGCUAGUUGCACCCCUUGCACCGUUAGUAGGACCAGCAGGGCUUGUGCCGGUGGCCGGAGUCGUGCCGACAGUCAUAGGGCCGCUGAACUCGUUACUGUCUAUUCCGAGAAACCUCAUCAGUACCGUUGGAUAUCAGUUGACGACUCUAGGCUGAGCUGCUAGAAUUUUAAUGUAGGGAAUUUGGUGGAGAUGUAUAUUGAAGACUCAAUAAUUUAUAAAAUAACUAGUCUGUGGGAGGAAGUUAAUUUAAUAAUAAGUAUGCACUAGGUAAUAUAAUCAAAACACUGAACUUGUUUGUAUUGGCGUACAUCAGAAUUUCCCUGGAGAUGACUAUGAGCUUAUGUGUCAAAAUUUAUGUACUCAACUAAAAUGCAUAACAAUAUUAAGUAUAAGUCAGUAAUCGAAGUAUAUAACGCAGGCAUCUAUUGAUGACGACAUGCAACCGUGUUGAGUGGCAUCCAUUGAUACACACUUUCAUUAGCAUGCAGAAGCACAGAUUUCACGUUCGAGUUCAAAUUCGGAUUUUGAUGUGUCGACUAAUCUGAUUGCUUUUCCAUACAUUUCUUAAACUCGCAAAGUGCAACAACUGAUGAUGAUAGCCGCCAUUUGGCUACCAAGAUAUUGGAAGCUUUCAACAUUCUCCACUGCAUUCCCACAUUCACAGUAUCUGGAAGCAGGAUUGGAAACACUUGUACUCAAAUACCGGUUACCUUCGUUGGUUUGACCGCAUCUAAUCUGAACACUUUUUAAUUUGAUUCCCGCUAAUAUGCACAUCGUUCAAAUUAAAAAUGGUUCAAACGUCAUUCUGCUAAAGGAACAAAAAACAAAACUUCAGAUAAGGUUGCCAGCAGUGUAUUUUACCGUCGCCCACAGGGUUGCUAGAAGUUUAAACUAAAAAUUGAACCCCGUUGGUUUGCAUGAGGUGUCGUUCAUACUAACGGGGGUAGACGGUACACUCAUUUGCUAUUUUCCCAGCUCAGAAGCCUGCAAUCAAGAAACAGUGUACACUGAAAUAAAUUUUGUUGUAGAAACUACCGAUUCCAUAGUAAAAUUACUAACCGUACCUAUGAUUCUCAACCGACAGCUAUUUCCUGUUAAUUCCACUAAAACACUGUCAAUUUAACUAGCAGUGCUGUUAACAUUACCAAAAAUAAUCUAAAUUUAACAGCUGGGUAUUGUAUUUUUAACCAUACCGUGUUGUAAGAUGCGUGUCCAGGAAAAAAUGACAAUGUUUUGUUGUUGAGGCGACUACGCUUUUAGUCAAAUUUACUGCAAUGCAUUGUUACUUCAAUCAUAUUUCAGUGAACUUGACAGAUUUUGUUGUCGGUUGAGAAUCAUAGGUACGGUUAGUAAUUUUACUAUGGAAUCAGUAAUUUCCA